AUGUCCGCAAUAACGGCCACUCGAUGGCUCCUCCGCCCAAAAAUUACACAUACCCCACCCUCCACCAUCACCAGCCAAUCCCGCAGCAUAAUAAACUGGUUCGGCUGGAGUAAAAAGCACAAAGAGGUUCCAUCAAAACCAGCCGUCUCCCCAAUCAGCGAACUUCUCAAACAGUCACCGAAAACUAAAGCCGCAGCCGGAACCUAUAACAACAAGCGUGGUGGCCUAGCAGGAUCCUCCAUCUUCGGUGAUGAAUCCACCGAAGUCCCUGCUACAGGGUCCGAUAUGGGCGCCUUCUCGACCGUUCACAUCCGCGAUCCGAAUCGUGAGCACUGGGCAUGGCCGAAGCGAGCCACAGCCAGGGAGAUACGACGUCGUGGGCGAUUGACCAAGAGGGAAAUGCUGCUACAGGCGGAGAAGGAACACUUGGCCAAGUCGCAUAUGUUCAAAACUUCCGUGAAAAAGUUGGCACCGAUAGCUCGGCAGAUUCAAGGGAAGAAGAUUGAGGAUGCAAUCAUUCAAAUGAGGUUCUCAGCGAAGAAGGCUGCUAGGGAUGUUCUCGGGCAUUUAUAUGCUGCCAGGAACGAAUCGGUGGUUAGGAAAAGGAUGGAUCCACAGCAGACCUAUAUCGAACAGGCUUGGGUUGGGAGAGGGACGUUUGGGCUGGAAGUAAGUCACAGGGCACGUGGCAGGAUCGAUACUCUUAGACUACCAUAUACUAGCAUCACUGUGGUUCUGAAGGAGCAGGUUACGAGAGAUAGGAUUGCGAAGGAGAAGGAAGAGAAGAGGUUACGGAAGAAGCCUUGGGAGCAAUUACCUAGUAGGCCUCUUGUUGGCCAGACGCAGUACUAUAGGUGGUAG